AACUUCCUUUUGGAGCAGUCAACUCUUUACCUUUGACAAACUCGCUUAGUAGAUUUUCGGCUUGGCCUUUGAACACCUUGGUGGCAGGUGCAUUGGACUUGGAGUCGGGAUUUUGGUAACAACAACAUCUAUAAUGGCCGACGAUCAGCCGCCACCAAAGAAGACGCCGAAAAAGCAGAACGUGGGUGACGAUGACUCCAGGGAUGGAAACGCGGCCACGGGAUUCGGCCUGGAGGACCACGAGGCCACACAACAGGAUGCCCGGGUGACCACAUUGCGACUCGCUGAGGAGCGCCGAGGUUCCAUGGCGCCCCACGACAAGCGAUCGCCCCAUAAGUCCUCGGUCCUGCGGAUCCAGACCGCCAAUGACCAGUGGAUCGGACCAUCCACCGGACCGCCCACCUCGACACCGACACCGACUAAAUCCCAGAAGCCGGUGGGCAACAUAUCGUCGCGAAAUUCCUUGGUUCCCGGGACUCCUGCGGCACCGGAAUUGGCGCCCCAGCCGCGAACUUCUGAUGUCGAUGGCGACGUUGAGUCCUCCGAUGUGGAAAAGAAAACCAAAAGGAAGUCGCCGAAAAAUGUCCCAACCACGUCUUCCACAUCGGAUGAUGACCAGAAGCCCAAACCUGAACCGGCACCUGCAUCUCAGCCGGCACCAGCUCCUGAACCAACUCCUGCACCUGAACCAGCACCUGCAGCUGCACCGGCACCUGCUCCUGAACCGGCACCUGCUCCUGCUCCAGCUCCUGCUCCAGCUCCGGAACCAGCACCUGCAGCUGAACCUGAACCGACACCUGCAGCUCAACCGGAACCUGCACCAGCACCGGCACCUGCUCCACCAGCUUUAGCUGCACCUCCAGAAGAGAAGGCAGCCAUUGCUGCUUCUCCGGAAUCCAUUCCACCGCCAGCUCAAAGACCAGAGGAUGUGCCUUUGCCACCGCCCAUGAUGUCGGCGUUGCAGCACGAGGAAAGCAGCGACGACGUACAGAACUCGAUGAGUAAGUUGACCAACACGGACAUCACUAUCAAUCCGUCCAAGGUGUAUGCCACAAAGGGCACAAAUACCUCCGGCCUGAUCUACGCGGAGAGCGAGUCGGACUCGGAGCCCGAGGAACUGCCCUUGCUGCCGCCCGAGUUCCCGGCCAGCGAUCUAGACAACCUGUUUCUGUUCGCCUGUCGCGAGGUGAAAAAGGUCGGUGCCAUCGCUCUGGCGGACAACGAUAAGUGCCAGGAGUACUCCACGAAGAAGCACCCACAGGAUGUGGUCACGCCCACCGACAAUAUUGUCGAGGAGGCCUUCAUCAAGGCCAUCUGCUCAAGGUUUCCAGAUCACCAAUUCAUUACCGAAGAGCGAGUGGCCAAGUCGGAGGAGGGCAUGGUGACCCUGACAGAUGAGCCCACCUGGAUAAUAGAUCCCAUCGAUGGCACCAUGAACUAUGUCCACCACUUUCCAUACUACUGCAUCUCAGUUGCUUAUUUGGUGAACCAGGAGACGCAGUUUGGCAUUAUCUACAAUCCGCCGAUGAAGAACAUGUACACGGCCCGACGGGAAAUGGGAGCCCAGCUGAAUGGCGAGAUGAUAAGGACGACUGGCCAGAUGAAAUUGAACUCCGCUCUGGUCCUCCAGGAACACGUGACGGGAACCAAUGAGGCGCGCAACCAGGUCGCCUUGGAAAAUUUUCAGCGACUGAUGAGUAAAACUCACGCAGUCCGCUCCAUUGGAUCUUCAGCCAUGGGCUUGGCUAUGGUUGCCUCUGGAGUGGCGGAUGCCUAUCACAACUUCGGUUUGCACAUCUGGGACAUGGCAGCUGGAGUUCUUAUCGUCACUGAGGCUGGUGGAGUGGUAAUGGAUCCGGCUGGAGACGAACUGGACAUUAUGUCCCGACGUUGCCUGGCUGCCGCCACUGAGAACCUAGCUCUGGAGUUUGGUAGCCACCUGGAGCAGAACUAUCCCUCGCCCCGUGACGACGAGCCACGGUCCGUAAAUCCCAAUGAGUACGGACCAGCUCCGGAGACCAAGGACUUCACGAGCCAGACGGACUUCCCCGAUUCGGAUACACCGGACACCACGGACACCGAAGCUACGAACGAGAAACCAAUUGCAACAUGAGCGGGAGGAAAAACUAAUUGACCCACCAGAAAGACCAGCCGAUUCCAGCGAGAAAAUUAUAUAUAUUUAAUAAAUUGACAAGCCAAAAAGUAAAA